UGCUGGCGUGGCAUUCAGGGGCUUCAUGGAGGCUGGCCUUAUGGCCUAUGUCUCCUUGGGGACUCACGUCAGGAACCUGGUCACGAUCAUAGAUGUCACUGCUAAGGACAGGGAUUUGGUAGAUGGACCCUGCAUGUGGGUCACAAGACAGGCCAUGUCUUUUAAAUGCAUGCAGCUGACUGAUUUCAUCCUCAAGUUUCCACACAGUGCCCACCGGAAUUAUGUCCAAAAAGCCUGGGGGGGAGAACACGAUAUCAAUGCAAAAUGGGCAGCCACAAGAUGGGCCAAAAAGAUUGAAGCCAGAGAAAGGAAAGCGAAAAUGACUGAUUUUGACCACUGCGAAGUCCUGAAGGCAAAGAAGAUAAGAAAUAGAAUAAUCAAGACUGAAGUUAAGAAACUUCAAAGGGCAGCUCUGUUGAAAGUGUCUCCUAAAAAAAAAGCACCUGUUGCUAAGGGUGCUGUGGUUGCAGCAGCUGCUAAGGUUCCAGCAAAGGUGACCACUGCAGGCAAGAAAACUGCAACUCAGAAGACCCCUGCCCAGAAGGCCCUAGGCCAGAAGGCAGCACCUGCUAAGGCUCAGAAGGACAGAAAACUCUAGCCCAGAAAGCAUCUGCUCCAAAGGCAUCCUGGCAAGAAAGCAUGAGAAGAAGCUGCUAGGAAAGAAA